AUGAAGAAAGAUAAAGACCAGGAAAUAAGGUUUUCGUAUAAUUUAGAUGCAUUGUCCCCUAUUGCAAAGCCGUUGGCCUCUGAACAUUUGACGAAAAAAUUGUUAAAAACCGUUCAAAAAGCUGGAAAAAGAAAACAUCUUACGCGAGGAGUCAAAGAAGUUGUAAAAGGUUUACGAAAAGGAAAGAAAGGACUUGUAAUAAUAGCGGGUGACAUCUCUCCAAUUGACGUAAUAACACAUCUUCCAGUACUAUGUGAAGAAAAAUCUGUACCAUAUGUUUAUGUCCCGUCGAGACUCGAUCUUGGAUACAACGCAGCCACGAAACGCCCAACUAGUGUUGUGAUGGUGAUACCGGGUGGUCCGAAAGGAAAUCUCGAAGGAGUUGAAGAUUAUAAAACGCUGUAUGAUUCAUGUUUUCAAGAAGCGCAAAAAAUGGAUCAAGAAAUAAUGAUAUAUUAG